AUGAUAGGAAGACACACUUACRAUAAUAUUGCCGAAUCAAUAGACAAAGUACUCGAUGAAUUUAAAAUUCAGAAUAAAACAACAUUAAUWGUCACUGACAAUGCAGCAAAUUUUGUCAAAACUUUUAGAAUAUAUAGUAAUGAUAAUGAUCUAAAUGAAUGCAUUGGUGUAUCUGAAGUAUCUGAAGAAAAUGAUGUCUCUAUAGAAAUUACAAACACUCUGGAAGGUGAACCAUCUAAUGUKGAUAACCUAAGUAUAUCAUUACCCCCCCACCAACGGUGUGCAGCACACACAAUGAACCUUAUUGCUUCAGUUGACAUUAAAGAUGCGGAAAAAGACCUUGCAUAUAAAACCAUCAGCCAUAAAGUAUUUAAAAAGUGCCAAGCAAUAUUUAAUAAACAGGAUCAAUCUACAUUAAGUGCAGAUAUCAUUAAAAAUCAUCUUGGUCGAUAUCUUAUUACACCUAAUGCCACAAGGUGGAAUUCAUAUUAUGAUGCGAUGAAAUGCAUUCUUGAAAAUAUUGAUWAAAUUGAAGAUGUGUGUAAUAAUUUACAACUAAGUACCAUUUCAGGACCUCGUGAAAUCUCAUUUUUACAAGAAUAUUGCAAUGUCAUGAAACCUAUAUCUAGAGCAUUGGAUAUAUUGCAGGGUGAUAAAAACUGUAUAAAUAUGGGACACUUGACUUCAAUGCAAUAUGAAGAGUUCUCAUCAAAAAGCAAACCAUCUGGACUGGUUACCAAAAACUCAGAUUCAGAAGCUAUAUCUUUAAUUUGUUCAAAAGAUAAUUUACAAAGCUCAGAUAACAUUUGUACACUAUUUUCUGAAGUUCUAAAUUCUGAGGAGUUUAUAUCAUUUUCUAAGAGAAGAAUUUCACUAAAAUCUUCGACUAGAGGUUCUAGACUUCAUAAGUACAAAAACCCAACUGUUUGA